UUAAGAAAACAAAAACAUGUGGGUAUUUUUUACUAACCAUAGAAAAUUAGAAGAUGAGCCUAAGGUGUAUGAAAUAAGAGGACAAUAUUUUGUUCCGAUGGGACCGGACAAGGGACGAUGAAAUCAGUGUAGUGGAAGAAGUUGUGUUUUUGUUGGGACAAUUGGUGGCUCUCAAAUUGUGAACCGCACAUAUACCCACCCUGCUUCCCACGCCACAUCGAUCUCACGUUCUCUCUCUUUCUUUUUUCUUGUUGAAACUGUGAGUCUAUGUUAUUUGUGGCGGAGCAUGAACUCCUCCACCAACACCUCGAAUUCUCAGUCAAUGGCUGCAGCAGCCAGUGAUGGGUCUGGGAAGAAGGUAAGAAAACCUUACACCAUAACCAAGUCCAGGGAGAGUUGGACUGAGGAAGAGCACGACAAGUUUCUCGAAGCUCUUCAACUAUUUGACAGGGACUGGAAGAAAAUUGAAGAUUUUGUAGGUUCAAAAACAGUUAUUCAGAUUCGAAGCCAUGCUCAGAAGUACUUCUUGAAAGUUCAAAAGAAUGGGACAGUGGCACAUGUGCCUCCUCCCCGUCCAAAGCGCAAAGCUGCUCAUCCUUACCCACAAAAGGCAUCAAAAAAUGUUUUGGUGCCACUACCAGCUUCUGUUGGUUAUGCUUCAUCAAGAAAUACGCUUGCACCUGGGUUUGCCUCAUGGGAUGAAACUUCCCUGCUGAUGAAUGCCGGAGCUGAUAAACCCAUGACCUGUCAGGAUGAACUCAACAGUGUUCAUCAUGGAAAUGAAGCUGAUAUUGGAUCAAAGGGGAUAACACAGAUUACCAACAGCAGUCUCAGUGGUGUUGGAAAUUCUACUAGAACACUACUGACUUCUGAGAUACCAAAGCAAGGGAAACAAGCUCCAGUGCUUCAUGGUUUGCCAGAUUUUGCUGAAGUUUACGGUUUCAUUGGAAGUGUAUUUGAUCCAGAAACAAAUGACCAUGUCCAGAAGCUGAAGGAAAUGGAUCCUAUAAAUUUUGAAACUGUUUUGUUGCUAAUGAGAAACCUCACUGUCAACUUGUCUAGCCCUGACUUCGAACCCAUUAAGAAGGUAUUGUCAACAUACGAUGUCAAUACCAUGGCAGUAGGAAUUGAUGUCAAGAAGCAGACAAAUGAUCUAUCAUGUCAAACCGCUUAACCACUAGCAAUUUGUUGAUAUGUUAGGUAGGGCAAAUUUGGAGUGAAGACUGAGGUUUUUCUCGGCCAGCAGUAGGGCAUGGGAAUAUCUUGCACCCACUGUAAAGCCUGUAAAUGUAACCGUAGUCCUUUGUAACCACAGCCAAAAUAGUUUAUGUUAGAAAGCUGAAGAGCACAAUGUAUUUUUCAGCUGAUUCUUAUUACAGUUGUUGUAUUGCAGUGAUUUUGUUGCCUUCUAGUAGAGACAUAGGUUUGUAAGAUAUUUUUAAUGAUACAAAUGUAUCAUCACAAAAUUAGAAAAGGGGGAGGGAGUAACUAUUGUCUAGUGACUAAUAUCGACGUGGCCUUUCGUUUUCACCAAAAAAAGAAACGUGGCCUUUUGUUGCCGAAUUUGUGUGUGUAAAGUCACACUUUGACAUACUACAUUUUUUUGUGCUUCA